GUAAUCGCUGUUUCAUGGCAGUAUGCUGCCCGCGAGACAUGCCAAGGACCACCACAGUUAUCUUAGUAUCCUAUCCAUGCUGCAGACUUCUAAUGUAGUGAUCGGGGUUUGACUUGACUGCGGGAGCGGCUAUGGCGGACCCAGACGCAGAGGUGCUAUUCCUCAUAUGGAGGUCCCUGGCGUCCGGGCCGCUGAAGAAUGUCGCUAAAGCACUUGAGGAGGAGGCCGCAAAGCAUGGACUGCUGCCGACCAGGGUCGACAUCGCAGGUGAAGUGCGGCCCGUGGAGUUUGAGGUGCACGCCCGGGUGCAGUCGCAUGUCGGGCCCGAGAGCUUGCGGAGGCUUCUUGACAAGUUCGUCCAGCAGAACGCGGAGGCUCUGCCUGGGCCGGGUGUCAAGGUGGUCAGCCUCACGGCGCCGGGCAAGCACGGGCUGCUGGGCCAGCCUGAGCCGCCGCUGCCGGCCUGGUGGCGGCGCCCCUACUGCCAGGCAAGCCUGCCCCACCAGCUACUGUUGCGCCAGACCGGCGUCGCGUCCCGCCGCCUCGCCAUGCCCGGCUCCGCCUCCAGCACCAGCACCGGCACCGGCACCACCACUCCACUCGCGGCGCUUGCCUCCGCCGCCGAAGUCGGCGCAGCUGCCGCAGGCGCUGCAGGCGCGGCAGCGCCUGCCUCUGGCCUGGUGACGGUGACGCCGACGCCAUGUGGGAGCGUGGCUACAGGCAGCGUGGCCACGGGGCUGCUGUGCCGCAGCCUGACGCACCUGGCCACGCUGCGGGGCCACCGGGUAGCGGCCUACUGCUGCAUGUACGACAACACCGGGCGGCGCCUGUGCACCGGCAGUGACGACUGCCUGGUCAAGAUCUGGUCUGCCGAGACGGGCAUGCUGCUGCGCUCCUGCCGCGGCCACGACGCCGAGAUCACGGACCUGGCGGUGUCGGCGGACAACAGGCUGCUGGCCAGCGGCGACACAGCGCACCAGAUCCGCGUGUGGAGCCUGCAGGAGGAGACGCUGGGCUGGCCUGUGGCUGUGCUGCAGGGCCACACCGGCCCCAUCUCCUUCCUGGACUUCCACCCGCACCUGCCGGACGCGCUGCUGUCAUGCUCCGUGGACGGCAGCGUCAGGCUGUGGCACGCGGCAGACGCCGCCGCGCGCUCAGUCGUGUUGAGGCCGGGGCGCCCCGUGCUGGCCACUGCCGGCGGCGGCGGCGGGGCUGGGGCCGGGGCAGGGCCGGCGGCUGGCGACGCGGGCGUGUGGGCGGCCGUAGGGACAGGAACAGGGGCAGGGACAGGGGCAGGGGCAGCGGGAGACCAGGCAGCGGCGGGUGUGCCGCAGGCGGGUGGGGCAGCAGCAUCCACAGGAGCAGCUGCAGAGGCCGGAGCAGCAGCUGCAGCUGGCGUAGGCGGGGAUGCUGCGCUACGCGGCCGGCCUGCACGGGGCGUGACGCCCUCAGCAAACGGGGCAGCCGCAGCUGCAGCGCCAGCAUCAACUGCGCCAACACAGCAGGCACAAAGUGCCGGCCCUGACAUGCUGAUAACAGGCAGUCGCGAGGCCUCCCGGGUGCGCUCCCCGCCGCCCGGGGCAGGAGGAGCUGGGCCCUCGGCAGCGGCUGCUACUGGUGCUGCCGCCGGGGCGGGGCAGGCGAGCGGAGCCACGGAUGCAGCGACAGGGGCGGCGGCAGGGGCAGCAUCGGGUUCUGAGGCAGAGCUGCCGCCGCUGACCCUGACGUUCAUAUGCUGCUGCUGGUCCCCGGACGGGCGCUACAUCCUGGCGGGGGGGUCCAACCCGGCCGUGUGCGUGUGGCACUGGGACCUCUCCGCGCCUCCUGCAGCCGCCGGUGCUGGAGCUGGAGCUGGAGCUGCUGCAGCUGGUGCCGCCAAGGCGGAGGCACAGCAGCAGGCACAAGCACAGGCGCAGGGCAUGGAGCAGCAGCAGGGCGGACCGCAAGGUAACGGGCCGUCGCCGCACCUGACGCAGGCGCCGCAGGCAGCCGAGCUGAAGGCUGCGGCACCCGCAGGGCCGGAAGGUGCCGGCCUGCCGGCACACGCCGCGGCGGCGCCGCAGCCGCUUGCACCGCCGCCGCCUCAGCAGCAGCGGAGCCAUGAGCAGGCGGGCCAGGCGGCAGGCGAGGCCGGGGCCGAGGCCAGGGCGGGGGCCAACCCUGUGCCCAUCAAGCAGGAAGCCCCGCACGGCACACCGCAGGCCGCAGCUGCGAACGGCGUUGCGACUGGCGGCGCGGACGUAAGUGGUGCGGCGCACAUGAUGGACGUGGACGCCAAGCCGACCACCCCAGGCGCGGACGCAGCCGCGGUGGCCGGAGCCGCCGCCGCACCAGCAGCAGCAUCAGCGGUACCGGCGCAACACCAGCCUGCGCUGAACACAGCGGCUGCGGUGGAGGACGCGCCAACGCCCGCGGCGCAGAUUAGUCUGUGCUUCGGCUCGGCCGCGGUGCAGGCGGCGGCGGCGGACUCGGUGGUGGCAGCGUGGGAGGGCCGCGAGUGGCCGCUGCCUCGGGAGCUGCCGCGGCUGCGGGGCCACCGCAAUGACAUCGUGUUCAUUGAGUUCAGCCACCGCGGCGACGGUGUGGCUACAGCCUCGCGCGACGCCACCAUCACGAUCUGGCAGUUUGACCCCGCGGUGGGCGGUCCGCGCGAGCCGUGGCGGCCGGUGCAGGUGCUGGCCUGUCCGCCCACGGAGGAGGAGGUGCGCAAGGCGCGCAUCAAGCGCCGGGCGCCCACGCACCCCGCCAUCAACCAGGUGGUGUGGACCAAAGAUGACUCGCGUGUGGUCGCUGCGCUGUCCGACAGCACCGUGCGCGUGUGGGAGGUCGGCGGCGCAGCCGCCGCCGCCUCAACCUCCGCCGCCACCACCACCACCACCCCCGCCACUGCUGCCGCCGCACCUCCGGCCGCGCUGCUCCCCGCCCUGGCCUCGCCCGCGGGCGCCUCUGCCGCCGCCGCCGCCUCCGCAUCCCUCGCUCCUGCCGCCGCCGCCAGCUCCUGCGGCUCCGGCUCCGCCGCGGUGCACAUCCUGCAGGUGCACACCUCUCAGUCGCACGUGCUGGAGCCGCACCCCGCCGACCCGCGCCUGGUGCUCAGCGGCGGCUACGACGGGCGGCUGGUGCUGUGGGACGUGGUGGUGGGGGCCGUGCUGAGGGUGUUCAGCACGCAGGACACGUUCCCCGGCCGCGGCCGCUGGGCCGACCCGUUGCAGCUGGUGGACGGGCACUGGAGCCCGGGCGGCGGCCAGCUGGCGGCCACGGACAGCGCGGGGCAGCUGCACGUGUGGGGGCUGCCGGUGUGCGCGGCGGCGGGCAGCCUGGCACGUGCGCCGUACGACCAGUUCUUGGGCAGCGACUACGGCGCGUUGGUGCGGGACGUGCACGGCUGGGUGCUUGACUCCCUGAGCCAGCAGCCGCCGCACCUCAUGACGGGCGGCGGCGCCGCCACCCUGUGCGACUACACCAACCACCCACACGACAUAGACGUGCAGGCCGCCUGGGCCGCCCGCAGCUGGAGCCGCCUGCCGCCGCGGCCGCCCGUGGACCGGGACCACCCGCUGCCGCCGUCGCUCAUCUCGCACCCCCCGGUGCUGUCCGCCGCGGCCUGGCUGGCCACCGAGCAGUCGGCGGGCAACGCCAGCGAGGCGUCCAUCAUGGCGGCCAUGGCCAGGGCGUAUGAGCGGCACAUGGCGGCCAUGUCGGCACUCACGGCGCCCGACGAGCCGCAGGCCAGAGCACGCCGCGCCUCCUCCCGCGCAGCUGGCGGCGGCGGCGGCGGCCGCGCUGGAGGCUCCGCCGCCGCCGCUGCAGCCACCGGCGCAAUACGUGGCAUGUACCUAAUCCCUGAAGACCCCAACGCGCCGGCGCCUCCCGCGCGCCCGCUGUCGCGCUACGCCUUCGUGGAUGGCAGUAGCAGCGACUCAAGCAGCAGUAGCAGCGACCACGACGACGCACGUGACGCGGCUGUGACGCUGAGCGAUGUGGAGGCGGGCGCGGGAGCCAGCGAUGAGGAUGACGAUGUGCAACUCGUGGAUUCGGAUUCCGACGCCGAGGGGGAGGAGGAUGAUGAGGAGGAGGACGGACGGCGGCGGCGGCGGCGACAGCAGCAGAGCCGCAGGCCCGCCGCCGCUGGGCGGAGCGCGGUGGCAGCGGGCGGGACUGCGGCGGGGAGGGCGGAGCGGAGCCAGCGGCGGAGUCAGCGCCUGGGGAUGCGGGAGGGCAGCGCGGCUGCGAGCGGCGGCGCGGACGGGGGCGCGGGAGGUGGUGUUGGUGGUGGUGCCGGGGACGACGGUGCGGGGAUGGCUCUUCGACGGAGCUCCCGCCGUGAGCGGGAUCGGGAGCACGACCAGGCGCAAGGCACACGCACUCGGCGCUCCGCCCGCCUCACCGGCCGCAAGCGCGGCCGCUACGCCGGAUCCGAGGAGGGCGCCGGCGCCGGCGGCUCCGACCCUUCCGACUUCGCGGACGAGGGAGAUGAAGAGGCCGGCGGCGGCGGUUACGGUCAUGGCGGCGAUGACGACGGCGGUUGGUACGGCGACGACCGUGACGGCGACUUCCUGGUGGACGCGGCGGAGCUGUCGGACGAGUCGGAGGAGCCAGAGGACGAGGAUGACGAGGACAGCGACGGGGGCGCGCGCCGGCGCCAGCGCCAGCGCCAACGGGAGCGCGAGCGGGAGCGGCGCGCUGCGAGGCGGCGGGAGCAGCAGGAGCGCGCGGAGCGGGACCGGCGGCGCCGCCAGGAGCGCCGCAGGGCGCGGCAAGGCGAGGUAGGCGGCGGUGGCGGAGCUGCCGCGGGCACUCUUGGCGGCGCGGCCGCGCAGGCGGCGGCGGCCGCCGCGGCAGCUGCGGCGGAGCCUCCGGCUGACGGCGGCGUCCACGCGGCAGCGGCGGCGGCGUGUGGGCUGGAGCAGGUGGCGCGCAAGCGCUCUCACGAUGCCGGCGGCUCCCGCACCCGGCCGCAGGAGUGCUACGCCUGGCUGCAGGCCAGCUCCCACGGCCCGGAAUUCUACUGCCCCCAGCUGGGCGACGAGGUGGUGUACCUGCGGGAUGCGCACCUGGACUACCUGGCUGCUGCGGGCGAGGCGGUGGCGGGGCUCCUGCGCGCGGACCGGCGGCCCUGGCAGCAGCCGGCGGGGGCGCUGCUGCGGCCGGCCGAGCCGUGCCGGGUGGUGGGGGUGGUGUUCGAGGUGCUGCGAGUCAGCCAGGGACUGAGGACCGCCGCCAACCUCAAGCUGCAGGUGCUGGCCGAGGGCGGCGGCGACGCGGCGGGCCAGGUGGUGGGUCUGCAGCUGCCGCCGUCCGGCCCCGGCUGCCCGCAGCCGCGCUUCCUGGUGCCGCUGCCGCAGUACUGCAGGGCCGUGCAGCGGCCCUGGGCACUGGGGGAGCAGGUGCAGGUCCACCUGCAGGAGGACGGGCUGGGGCAGCGGGCGCGCUGGGCGACCGGAACACUGGUUGAGGAUCACGUGGCCGCCGCCGCCGCCGCCAUGGUGGCCGGCCUGCCGCCGCCGCCGCCCCUGUCGCUGGCUGCCAGCUACCACGAGUCCGACCUGUGGCAGCGCUUUGGCGUGGUGCUGGAUGGAGAGGUCGUGCCGCGGCGUGUGGCUCCCUGGUGGAUGCUGCCGGCGGGUGUGGACUGGGACGGCUGGGUGCUGAGGUUCGCACAGGCCACAUACCAGGCCAAGGCGGAUGAGGCAGCCAUCGCCGCCGCGGACGCCGCUCGCGCCGCCGGUGGCUCCACCGCCGCCGCCGCCGCCGCCGACCCGCUGGCUGAGCCGCCGCCGGUGAUUGACCUCGAGGCCCUGGGCAGCGGCUGGGACGAUGCGCAGGCCAGUGCGGCGCGGCUGGCUCUUGAGGCGCUGCUGUCUGAGGAGGAGCGCUGGGGGCUGUUCUUCCACUGCCCGCCACACAAUGCCGUGUACCCGUGUGCGGACGGCGACCUGCGGCGCCCGGUGCCGUACAACGCGCUCAUCCCGCUGCCGCUGUCGCUGGCCGAGGUGGAGGCGCGCCUGCAGCACGGCUUCUACCGCGGCCUGGCGGCAGUGCGCCACGACAUCGAUGUCAUUGUCGCCAACGCGGAGCGUUUCAACGGACCCGACUCCGCCGCCGCCCAGCGCGCCGCCGCGUUGCGCCGUGUGUGGGCGGCGCGGGUGCUUGGGCAGCCGGAGGAGGCGGUGCGACUGCCGCCGCCGCCGCCCGUGGCCGUGGCGCAGGCGCGCCGCGCGCCGCCGCCAGUGAACCUACCGCUGCCGCUCGGCGGCGUUCUGGGCUCGCCCAAUGGCGUCAAUCUGGGUGCCGCAUCUGGGGCGGCGGCUGGGGCGGCGGCGGUGCUGGGGCCUGGGCCUGGGCCGGGGCUAGGCCUGGGGUCGCAGGAUGGCGGGGUGGCGGCGGCGGCAACGGAAGGCGGCCGCCCGCGGCGGGAGCGUGCAGGCAACCGCCGGCGGUUUGUCGAGGAGUUCGACGAGUACAACGGCGGUGCUGGCGGCGGCGGCGGCAGCCAGGCGGCGGCGGUUGGUACGGAGGGUGGUGGCGGCGGCGCGGGUGAGUGGGAGGAGGAGGAGCCGCAGGAGGAAAGCGAGGAGGACGCCGGCGCAUACGAUGACGGGUCCAGUGACGAAGCAAUCCAUUUGAAUGAAGAUGCCGACAGCAGUGACUACUCUGGAGGUGGCGGCGGUCGCCGGCGUUAUCGCGGCCGCACCGGCCGCGACAGCGGCAAGCCGGCCGCGCGGCAGCGGCAGCGGAGCGCCGCUGCUGCAGGCGGCGGCGGGCGGAAGCAGGGCGGCGGAGCCGGCGCUGGUGCGGCUGCCGCCGCCGCCGCUGAGCCGGUCCGUCGCUCCGGGCGCGCGCGGCAGCCGGCACGGCGGCGGUACGACGACGACGAGUGGGAGGACGACGAGGAGGAGAUUGAGGCGGCACUGCAGCGCCACGAGGAGGAGGGCAUCAACAGUGAUGGCGGCGGAGGCGGCCGCCGCCGAGACCGGGAGCGGGACCGGAGCCGCCGCGCCAGCGCGCGACGCGGCAGCGCCGGUGCAGCCGCCGUCGGCAACGGCGGCGGCGGUGCGGCUGGUGAUAUGCUACUGCCGGAUCCUGGCGCGCUGGGGGCAGACGCCAUGAUAGGCCCAAGCAUGGGGAUGCCGUGGCAGCAGCAGCAGCCGGAGCAGCGGCUCACUGAGCUUACUGACAUCAGCGCCUUCCUGCCGGCGGCGGGGCCGGCGGUGGGCGUGGGCGCUGGCGCAGCCUGGCCGCGAGGUGGCGGCGCCGACGGCGGUGGUGGUGGUAGUGGUGGUGAUGGCGGCUGGGGCUUCAUGGGGCUACAGGGGUCGUUUGCAGGAGCCGGCACUGGCCUACCGCAUGGGCUGCAGCCUCCGUUGCAGCAGCCGCCGCUGCAGCAGGCGGCACACACGACCGCCCUACGAGAUGGCGGUGCAGAUGCAACAGGCAGCAGGGGCCAGUCCAGUGCUCAGCCAGGGGCGGCGGUGCCAGGGGCGGCGGUGCCAUGGGCGCCCUCUCAGGCUGCUGGUCCCGGUGGUGGCGGCAGCGACGGCGGCGGCGGCGGCGGCGGCGGCGCCGCCAGCCCCAAUGGCGGAGGCGGUGGCAGUCCUGCCGGCGGCGCCGCCCCGCGCAUUCGCAUUCGUCUGCCGGGAUUAAGGGGCCCCGUAGGAUUGCAGCAGCAUCACCACCAACAGCCGCCCCGGCCCACGCCGCUACCGCCCGUGCCCGCGGCGGCGCCGUUCAAUCCGAGCGCGCCGUCGCCGACCGCGGCGCCGGCAGCGGCGCCGGCGACUGGCGCAGUGGCGGCGGGGGCGUCGCCACUCAUGGCUUCUGGCCGCGCAAGGCGGGCGGCGGCGGCGGGCGUGGCGGCGUUGACGGGGGCGCUGAGGGCGGCGCAGCGGCUGCACCGGGACGAGGACGCAGGGGAGGAGGAGGACGAGAAGGAGGAGGAGGAGGAAGAGGAGGCGCCGGCGCUGUCGCGGCGCCAGAUGCGUGUCAUGGGGGGCCAGCACCACCAUCACCACCACCGCAUGCAGCAGGCCCAGCCCCAGCCCCAGCCCCAGCCGCUGCAGCAGCCGCAGCAGCAGCCCGAGCUGGAUGCAACCGCGGCGCUGCGGCAUGCGAGUAUGGAGCAGGCCGCAGAAGGAACCAUUGCCGAGGUAUUGAUGCGAGCCGAGCAGGCGCCCCCGCUGCAGCAGCCGCAGCAGCAGCAGCAGCAGCAGCAGUCGGAGCAGGCAGAAGGCAGUGGGGCCACAGUGCUGCCGCCGCAAGCGGCGGUCCGCAGCCACGCGCCUCCUCGGCCUCCUGGGGGAGGUAGCAGUAGCGGCAGUCAGCUGCCGCCGCCGCAGCUGCCGCCGCUGCAGCGUGCACCCAGCGGGCCUGCACCCCUGGCGAUGCCGCAGGCGGCGGCCCCUGCGGGUACGAUACCGCACGUGCCUUCUGCGGCUGGCGCCUCCGCGCCUGCUUUGCCAUUCCCCAAACCGCAGUUGCAACCCGGGCACACGCCUGUGCUGCCGGCACCGGCGGGGCUGCAGUUGCACGGCGCGCCGACCGCGCUGCCGCCGCAUCCGGCUGUAGCACCGCACACGGGGCCGCCUGCGUGGCCGCCUGCAACUGGCACCGCACCGCCACAGCUUCCAAGUGGCAUCUUGUCGCCUGAUGUCCUACAAGCAUUGGUUGCAUCCAACAUGGCACAGGCGGCACAGCAGGCGCAUGCGUCGAGAGGCGGCGCGUCAGCGGCAGCGGGAGCGACUCCGCCGCCCUCGCUGCCGCAGCUGCCGUUCAUGCCACCUGGCAUGUUUCCCUUUCUGCCACAGUUUCCGCUGGUGAUGCCGCAGCCGCCAGCAGGACAGCCGCCGUUGCUGCAGCCGCCGGCGCCGCCGCAGUCGCCUGCACCGGGGGGCAGUGAGAACUAGACGUGCAUUGGCUUUGCGAGGGCGGAAUCGGCUCUGACAGGUGCAGGGAGCACUCGGGCCGCCGUUGCUGUGCUUGGACACCGUGUGUGCCACCCAGGCGCAGCCUGUCACGGCGCGAAAUGAUUUGAACGGUUGGGGAUAGCAGGCCGUGAUGCUACGCUGCGGGCGCGGACCAGUGUUGCUGUCUCUGGAUGGAUUCGGUGGGGUGGGCGGGUGCCAGCCCCCUCCACGCAGGAGUGAAAUGUGAGGUGUGAACUCUAUGGGAAUGGCUGGAAAGACAGACGUGUGUACAGAGCUCGCCGGGGAACAUGCCGGGGACUGGGAGCAUGGGUGCAUGCAGGUGCGGGUUCAAAGGUUGCCCAAGGUUCCUUCCGCCCGGCGCGAGAAAGGCUGAGAGGCCUGAGCAUACAUGAGUACGCAUGCCAAAGUUAUGAAUGCGGAUGUUACAGAGGGGACAGUCCCAGCACCCGAAGACGCCGAGCCAUCACAUGCUAUCAGGGCCCAACAUGACUCCACCAACCCCGACU